AUGUUGAGUGCGAUUGACAGGGAGGUACUACUGGGUAUCACGGGCAAGGACUUCACCAUCAUUGCAGCUUCCAAAGCUGCCAUGCGCGGUGCAACGGUCCUGAAGACUGCCGACGACAAGACGAGGUCCCUGAACAAGCACACACUGAUCGCAUACUCUGGAGAGUCUGGUGAUACCGUGCAAUUCGCCGACUACAUCCAAGCAAACUCCCAGCUCUACUCGAUGCGCAAUGAGACAGACCUGUCCCCCUCUGGCCUCGCCAACUUCGUUCGUGGCGAGCUUGCCUCGAGCUUGCGGUCGCGGAAGCCGUACAACGUCAACCUGCUCCUCGGCGGCGUCGACCCCAUCACACAGAAGCCCGCGCUGUACUGGCUGGACUACCUUGCGUCAUUGGCGCCCCUCCCAUACGCCGCCCACGGCUACGCACAAUACUACUGCCUGUCAAUCCUCGAUAAACACCACCACCCCGAUAUCACGCUAGGCCAGGGCAUCAAGAUCCUCAACCUGUGCACGGAUGAGCUCAAGAGACGGUUACCCAUCGACUUCAAGGGCAUGACGGUCAAGGCCGUGACCAAGGACGGAAUCGUGGACAUAGAGUUCGAUGACGACAAGGUGGUGAAGGCUGCUUGA